AUGUCCCAAUUAAAAAAGACCAAUUUGAACUCAGUCAAUGACUUACGUCAAACGACCGAUGAUAAUUUGGGUUUGGUUUUUCAACAACUUGGCUACAAUGAGUCAUUCACAUUAAUUGAUUUGAAGUUAGGGUUGGGGUUAUCCACAGUGGUAAUAGCCGGAUUACUAUUCUUGGUCGAUAAAAAAUAUACAUGGAAAGAUAGUUACAAUAUUACUGUUAUUGCCUGUGUUUUAUAUGGCAUAAUCAGUGGCAUUUUGUACUUGAUCAAUCAUUUCAACAAAAAUGUUAAAUACAUUGGCUACGAUAACAAAGGCAACAAGUUAGCUAUAGCAACUUCGUCUAAUAAAUUGGAUCCUAUCUACAAUGUUACAAUCACUUUGAAUGAUAGAUCAGUUCAUGCAGCAUUGAGCUUUAAUAAAUUCUUUGAUGUUGUGGGGUUCUUCAAUAGAGAUGCAUUUACAGAAUUAGUCGAAAACGAAUUAAACAAGUUAAAUAAAAAAAGUGAAUAA